GCUCCGGUACCGUGCAGCUCGUGACUACCAAAGUGCGCGCCAGGUGUAACGCUCCCCAAACUGUAACCAGCAGCAAAGCAGACGCAACCAAAGCAACACAAGCCAAAAACUCCCAUCCUCGGCGCCACAGUGAGCAUCAAUUAACGAAGCGCAGAGCAAAGAACGAUAGAAAGAUUCCGUGCCGUAACAUUCCAAAGCCUACCGAGCCGCAGCGUUGCUUCCGUUCUCCUCGUGCACCUAUGUAAAGUCUGUUCCGGUUCUAGCGAUACGUUCUCUCGUUCUCACGCAUCUCUUCUUGUGUGCCUGCUACCGACCGGUUUCGGAAGUGACGCCUGUGUACAAGCCGCGGCUGUUUUAGGGCAACGAAUUAAUAGCAGGAGGCCCAAACGAUCCGGAAAGUGAAAAGCAAGAAGGUGGUGUGGUAUAUCUGGGUCGAAUGUUGAACCAACGCGCUUAGGUUACCGGUCAUGGCGAUUCGGUAAAGUUGCGCAAAACAGCGGAAGUGAACGAGAAGUAAAAUAGUGCUUGUGGUCGCAGGUCGAACAGUGUGCUCAAUUGUCCUCACAGUGACGCAGUGAUAACAGAAGCAGCAGUUGCCAGGCACACCGAUACAUUACUCCUUUGCUUCAAGGACACGCCAUCAACAAACGAACCGUUUCUCGAUGCCAUACAUUCUUAUCCGUGGCAAUCUUGCCUCCUACGGUCACAAGCAUCCGUUCCGUGUGCUGGUGUCGGGACUGAAAGCGGCCGAUAUUGAACAGCUAAACCGGUUUCCCUGCGGUGGCUACAGCGAUGAGUCCACCGUCGUCUACCUGCAGCAUCCCUGCGUGAUACUGACCGCGUUGGAGGUCCUCGGAUACCGGGUUGUAGCCUCCUCAUCGACCGCGGUCAAGCAGGACUACAACGAGUACAUGUGGACGAUGCGGAAGGAAUUUAGCGAUCCGGAACCGUACCUGGGCGACACCUCUUCGGUUUCGCUGAUCGAGCGCGACAAUCUGGCCAACAGUGGCCGCGAGGGAAACUGCGUUGGGGCGAAAAACAGCAAAAUCGAUCUACCGGAGUAGUUUCGUCAUCA